ACAGACCGUGGGUGUGUUUAAUGGGCGGUACCUGCCCAAAUGUGGGCCACACCUACCUUGCACGUUGAUCCUGUACGGUACAGUUAAAAUGUCAAUGAAAUCAGUUUACAACGAAAGAUUUUCUUACAGUAACCCCAACUUAUCUGCUAGCAGAUCAACAAAGUAUAGGGCCAAGAAGAGAAGAAAAAACCAACCUGAGCCUGAGGGCUGUGACUCGUCGUCGGAUGAUGAUUUUGUUGUUAACUGCCACCCCAUGGACGAUCACCCAUUAUCGAUCGAGGCAGAGUUUUUUCAAACGUCACUAGAUGAUACAUCUGAUCACAGAUCUGAUAGUGAGCAUGACAAUCAAUGUGAUGAAGUGACUGAAUGUCUAGAUGAUGAGACUAGCACGGAGGGUGUGACGGUCUGGCCACAAGUGACUAUUGAGCAAUCGGAACAAUCUACUGAAGAACUAGUGCUGACUCCACUCUAUGAUGGUUCAAACCUGACUGCUCAGGCCAGUGGCGUUUUAUUGAUGAAACUGAAAAUGAGGCAUAAAUUAACUGAUGAAACAAUGACAGAUGUGCUUCGUCUUAUUAAGCUUCACUGCCCAGUGCCUAAUAAUUGCAUCUCUUCACUCUAUCAUUUCAAAAAGCAGUUUUGUCAUAUGCAGUACCCUAUAGUUGUCUCCCAUUUCUGCAGUAGUUGCCUUAAUGUGCUGACACCCAAUGAUAUUAAUGAUCGAAAGAGCUGCCCUAAUCCUCUCUGCCUUAGUGCACUUUCAACUCAUGAUUCAAUAUCAUCAUUCAUUGAUAUUCCAAUCGAUUUACAGCUGAAGUCUAUUUUGGAACGUGAUGGCAUAAUGACUAUUCUUAGCCAGUUCAAGCGACAAAGAAGUGAUAAAGAAUAUUACAGUGAUAUAUGCGAUGGCUCUGUAUAUCAACAAGCUUUGACUGGUUUUCUUGCCCAUGAUAAGAAUAUUUCUCUGAUAUUUAAUACCGAUGGUAUUCCUGUAUUUCGAUCAUCUGGUUUUUCAUUUUGGCCACUCUAUCUUUUAAUAAAUGAGUUGCCGUAUCGACUUAGAGCAGUUAAAGAGAAUCGUAUACUGGCUGGCUUGUGGUAUGGAUCAAAGAAACCUGAUAUGACCAUUUUCUUGAAGCCUAUGUCUCAAUCUUUAAAGAAACUGUAUGAAGAAGGGGUUGAUGUAAAGAUCAAAGACUCUUGUGACACUUUUCGAGCUUUUUUACUGUGUUCCACUUGUGACUUACCAGCAAAGGCCAUGAUGCUUAAUUUUGUUCAAUUCAAUGGAUUUUAUGGAUGUUCUCGAUGUUUACAGAAAGGUGAGACAUUUCACAUUGGGCACAGGAGCUUUACUCAUAUCUAUCCUUAUGAUGAAGCUGAUCCAUCAGGUCCAUUAAGAACACACAAGGAAACUUGCAGGCAUAUGACAGAUGCAAGCUCAACAGAAAAUACAGUAUUUGGAGUGAAAGGGCCUUCCUGGCUAUGUACUCUUCCUGACUAUGACAUUAUUAAAGGUACAUCGAUAGACUAUAUGCACUGUGUUCUGCUUGGAGUGUGCCGACAGCUUCUUCGCUUAUGGCUCGAGCCUGUUAAUCGCGACAAUUUGUGGUACGUUGGACUGCAAAUUACAAAGAUUGAUGAAAGACUAUGUGUCAUUAAGCCUCCAUCUGAAAUCCAGAGAACCCCACGUAGCAUAGUUUUAACAAGAAAAUUUUGGAAAGCACAUGAACUUCGAGCCUGGCUCCUACACUACUCUUCUGUUGUAUUAUAUGGAAUACUUCAUGAUAUUUAUUAUCAGCAUCACUUACUUUUAGUGGAAGGAAUUUAUCUUCUUCUAAAACAACACGUUAAACCAGAUGAUAUUAAAACGAGUUCAAUGUUGCUGAAGCACUACUGCUUUUUGUUUGAGAAACUAUAUGGCCAACGGCACAUGACAAUUAAUGUUCACAAUUUACUACAUCUUCCUGAGACAGUGGAAUGUUUGGGACCUCUCUGGGCUCAUUCCUGUUUUUGCUUUGAAGCUGCUAAUGGCGAACUGUUAAAUUUGUUUCAUGGAACCCAAGCUGUUGAAAAACAAGUUAUUAGCCACAUUGCUAUAAUACACCAACUACCAGUUUUCGCUCAAUCAAUAAUAUUUCCUGAUAGUGAGUCAGUUGAGACGUAUUGGCAUAGGGACAAUUCAAGAAAGCCUCCAAGGAUUGGUGAGGAAUCAGAUGGUGAAGAAAUUGAACUCAAGGGAAAACCACGGAGUGGUACAUUAUCUCCGUUUGAAGUGUCACUCUUUGAUGGUGUUGUAGCUGGGACAGAUGUCAUGUUUUACCCUACAUUGGUAUUAUCUAAUAGCAUUUCAGUCACUGCCAAGUCAAUGUCACAAUCAAGAAAACGUGACAAUUCUGUCAUAUGUUAUCACAGUGAUUGCUAUGGUAUUGUAGAGAAGAUAUUUCGAUUUCAGAGUAACAGUACUCCUCAUUGUCUCAUAACACCUUUAGUCCCCACUGUAUCAAUAUGUACUGAUGAUGUCACUGAUGCGAAUAUCAGUAGUCAUUUGGUAGCAUGUAAACCUCCAAGUUCUGAUAAUAAAGUCAUUAUAUUUGCUACAUUGGUGCAAGAAAAGUGUGUAUAUAUGGACGUCACAGAACAGUUAAACUUGGUUUUUGUAAGUAGACUACCUAAUACAAUGGAAAUUGAUUAAUAUUGUUUUUAAUAAUUAUUUUUUAAAAUGAACUUACUUGAAA